AUGAAACCUCAACUAGUACGAGUUGUUGUGUCCUCCAAGAAAGAUUUACAAGGUUCUAAUCUUCCGCAAGCUGGAAGUGGAAAUUUCACUCAAACAAUACAUCCAGUGGUUCAUCCCCGAAAUUAUUUUUCACUUCAACUGGUGAACCCCAAUACAUCUCCAACAAAUAUUGUUACACCGUCUCGUGUAUUUAUGAAUUCAACAUCACCAACGUUUAAUUUACAUGAUGAAGUAUUAGCACAUAAAUCAAAUAAUUCACCAAUUAAUAAUCGUGUUCAUGGGGUAGUUUUCAGUCCAUCAUCUGUGGUUAACAUACCUAUUAAUAAAUCUGGUCUAAGUGAAAUUGCUCCAAUAGCAAAUACGUAUGAAAGAGUACUUAAACGUAGUAGAAAUUGGGCUGAACAGGAAGCAAAAACGUUUAUCACAAUAUGGGGUGAAUAUUAUUCAAAACUUAUGUCAGGAGGAUCGAGAAAUGCUCCCAUUUAUCAAGCAAUGACCGACGACCUGAAUGAACUCUUACAAGGCCGUUCUCUUACGAGCACCGAAGUAAAAUCAAAAAUCGGUAAUCUAGUGGCCGAGUAUCGCCGACGAAGAAAAGAAUUGGGUCGCACAGGUGGUAGUCCUUCAACAUGGCCAUUUUAUGAAAUGAUCGACAAAAUACUAGGAGAACGGCCAUAUAAUGAUGAUACCUUAUUGACAGACUCCAUGAAUACGGAUGAACAAACUCUACAAGACAUGCCUCAACCAGAUCUUAAUUCGACUCAAAUAUCAGUACCUGUUCAUGAUUCAGUAUCAUCAUCAGCCGAUAUUAAUAAACCACAAAGUUCUACAAAUGUUAAUUCAAAUACUCCAGUAGAAUCUUCAAAUGUUUCUGCUGUUUCAAAAGUUGAUACCCCACGAAACAAAUAUUUGUCGAAACAAAAAAAAAAUAAACGAGUAUCCGAAAUGAGAGUGAAUUUACUAGAAGACUUGAUUGGCAAAAUUGAUGCUUCAAACGAAAGUGCAGCACGUUGUGAAGAAAAAGUUAUUGAAAUAUUACAACAACAAACUGAAAUUCAACAGCGAAGUGCGGACAACGAAACUGAAUUUCUGAACAUUUUUAAAACUCUUGUUAAUAGUAUGAUAGCCAAUCGACAGUAUCAUUUUGUUAAAUUAUUAAUAGUGAUAUUUAGUGCAUAUUCUUCAUCAAAAACCUUUGUUUCUCUGUAA